AUGGCAGGAAUUCUAUUAUUAUGUACAAGUACAGUUAGUGCCAGAGCAUUUCCAGGAUCAAUACAGAAGCUCGAAUUAAGCUCAAGUGAUGUCAGCCUCAUCCUGCUUCAAUACAUCCAAAUGGGGAUUCUCUUCCCCAACCCUGAACCAUCGCAAGUGGAAAACUUAAUACAGCACUUGAAAACCUCACUUUCUCGAACACUUGAUUUCUUCUUUCCUCUUGCAGGCCGCCUAGCAACCGCCCAACAGGACGAUACAACCAUCUGUUACUUUAUUGAUUGCAAUAAUGCUGCAGCCCAUUUUGUUCAUGCUGUAGCUGAAAGUGCCACCGUUUCUGAUAUCCUUGAACCCUUCUACGUUCCUCCGAGCGUUCACUCAUUUUUUCCUCUGAACGGGUGCAAAAACUACGAGGGUGUUUCGAAACCAUUGCUUGCAGUUCAAGUUACAGAGCUAGCCGAUCGAGUCUUUAUAGGCUUCGCUGUCAACCAUGUAGUUGCUGAUGGCACAGCGUUCUGGAAUUUCAUCAAUUCUUGGUCAGAGAUAUCUCGUGGUUCGGAUCAGAUAUCCGAACCUCCUCUCUUCGAACAUUGGUUUCGUGGUGCUGAAAGCUACUGCCCCAUCAGUUUGCCUCUCGCACUCAUCAAAACUGAUGAUGAGUCCACCCCGCCACAGUUCCGAGAGAGAAUAUUGCAUUUCGGCAAGGAAACUAUUGGGAGGCUGAGAGCAAAAGCAAAUGCAGAGGCGGGAACUGACAGGAUUUCCUCUCUCCAAUCAAUCUUGGCUCAUGUUUGGCGAUCUGUAAUUCGAAACAAACAACUCGACCCUAGUCAAGAAACAACUUUCCGCCUGCCAAUUGAAGUUAGAUCAAGAAUGCUUCAGUCAAAAUUACCGAAAGGUUAUUUUGGAAAUGCAUUUCUGAUUAGGAAAGUGAAUUCGCAAGUAAGAGAGCCACUAGAUGAGCAGCAGGGACUUGGGUACGCAGCGCUACAGAUGAACAAGGCCAUUGCAUGUUACACGGAAGACAAUAUAAGGAACGACAUAGAAUCCUGGAUAAAGAGUCCUAAUCUAGGAACUGUAAGUGAACUUUCAAAAAAUGCUUUAGGCGUAGGCAAUUCGCCUCGGUUCAAUGUUUAUGGUAAUGAUUUCGGUUGGGGAAGACCAAUUGCAGUCAGAAGUGGGCUUGGAAACAAGUUUGACGGGAAGAUAAUUGUAUUUCCAGGAGCUAAAGAAUGCAAUAUAGAUCUUCAAAUUUGCCUUAAUCCUGAUGUUAUGCAUGCUAUGGAAAACGACCCAGAGUUCCUAGCUGCAUGUUCCUAAUUAGAUGGACUCGGGAAGCUAAGAGCGUAUAGAGCAUUUCUAUAAUUUCUAAUAAAUUUAUUGAAUAUAAAAAUAAAAACAAUAAUUGAUAUUUGUACGUUUUAUAUUUU